UUGCGCGCCGGGAGGAGGGGCGACGCCGGCCACGGGGAGAGUCGACUACAUCAAAAGGUGGUUGUUACUCGGACAACGACGGCUAGUUUCAUUCUCUUGCACUUCAGGAUGUCUACACCGCCUUUAGCAGGGCCAGGAUUGCCUCCUGGUUCAUUUUCUGGGCCUCAGGGUCAGGCUGCACGAGAAGUGAACACAGCUUCAUUGUGUCGCAUUGGCCAAGAGACUGUGCAGGACAUUGUAUUCCGCACAAUGGAAAUCUUCCAGCUGUUAAGAAAUAUGCAGCUUCCAAAUGGUGUCACCUACCAUACGGGCACAUAUCAAGAUAGAUUGGGAAAGUUGCAAGAACAUCUGCGUCAACUCUCAAUACUGUUUCGGAAACUGAGAUUGGUGUACGAUAAGUGCAAUGAGAAUUGUGCAGGACUUGAACCCAUUCCAAUAGAACAGCUCAUUCCUUACGUGGAAGAGGAUGGAUUUAAACAUGAUGACCGAGGAGCCACCAACCAGCUACUCUUUGCUAGUGAAGAAAGACGGGAAAUCAUGGAAGUUAUCAAGAAACUGAAACAGAAGAAUCAACAGCUGAAGCAAAUCAUGGAUCAAUUGCGGAAUCUCAUUUGGGACAUAAAUGCCAUGUUGGCAAUGAGGAACUGAAUACGUUUUCUUUCUACCACAUUGUGAUAUUUGAUAUUAUUUGUUAACAGAAGAGUAACUUUUUAAAGAAGACCACGGGUAUUUGAUGGUACUGUAAAUAAUAAUGUAUAUAUUUGUUAUACUUUAGUUAUGCAUAUUUAAGCCUUGAAAUUCAAUGUAAGUUUUCAUUUUCAGAUCCAGGAUGGACAACUUUUAUUUCUGAGGUUUGGGCAAUAGUUUCUUUUAUAUGAAAACAGUAUAAAGGUUUUUUCAUGAAGAAAUCCAAAGAAUACUUUGUCCUAGAGCAGUGUUGGCGAUCAUUUUUGGCACUGAGUGCCGAAAUGGGAGCACGCGCACAGGGGAGCACCAGAAACCGGAAGAGCAGCUUCCCA